AUGGGUAUUGUGGGUUCCAGUGAUCGAUCAGGCAGUUCCGACAGCGUAUCGACAGCGAAUGACUUCAGUCAAUGGGAGACUUAUGAUGUUUGGGCGAGAACGAUUGACAAAAUCCAGCAGACGCAAGGUUUCACAUUAGAAAUGUUGGAUAGAAUAUCAAUGAAAGCUAGGCAAAUGAGAAUCAUAGCAGAAGAGCUGAAUGAGCUGGCUGAGAACAUAAUGAGGCAAACUCUUGAUAAAGAAACUCGCACCAAACUUGCCGAAUCCAUCACAAGCGCAUUGAACAGCAUCUCGAAUAUGGAGUGUUCAAUGAACGAGACAUUCGAUGUUUAUCCAUUCGCUUGUGAAGUGGACGCAACUUCAAAAAUAGACAUACCGCAGUCGUCGUAUGAAUUCGAUGACAGCGAGUUUUUGGGGCACGACAGUAGGGUGCCGAUGAUGCUGCACUCUUUGAAGGCCACCAUAAACGUCGAACAGAAGAAAGCUAGAGUAAUUCGACGAGCCUUCGAAAGCUUGGGUAAAAAGAUCUUGCCUCUGCUACCACAGCGAAGCGAUACGACACAGAAAAGUAUUGCCGUGCCUUCACUUUCACAACAACGUCAAGAAGACAAAACUCAGCAGAGCGGUGAUUUUGGUAUCUCACCAAGAUCGAACAUAGAGCAUCGAGCCAAAGCAUCCAAUGAGGGCCAGUCCGCUAAUACUAAGACUCGUCGAGAGCGUCGAAAGGUCUUACCUGCGCAGCAAAGCCCAUCAGAAAGUAUCAGUUUCGCGGCCCUCGGACGGAUGAUUGUACAACGAACCGGUGUACCCAUAACGCAUUAUGAGCCGCUUACAGCUUUACAGUUGCUCUGUGAAGAGUUGAGGCAUUCAAAGCUACUCAAUCGGGCAUGCACAAAGGCCAAAGCCGAGGAGAGGAUGGUUUAUGUAGCCGCCUUUGCUGUAUCACCAUAUCCAAACUCAACUGGUCGAUUUCGCAAGUUUUUCAACCCAUUGCUUGGGGAAACGUAUGAGUACGAGCAGGAAGACUUCAAGUACCACGGGGAGCAGGUUUGUCACCAUCCUGCCGUAUCUGCCGUCCAUGCUGAAGGGAACGGAUGGACGUGGUUUCAAACAUUCAGUGCCGAAAUAACAUGGAACGCUUGGGCUCAGACUUGUGAGUUCGCUCCAGAAAGACCAGUUCGGCUUCAGCUGAAUGGCGAAGACUACCGAUGGAACAAGAUAAGUCUUCAAUAUUCCAAACCUCGGAUUACUGGGAUAGGCACCGUUCCGUCUCCGGAGAAGAUUACCAAUAAGCUUUUAUUCUCCGCUUCGUGGGGUGCUGAUGACGCUAAGUGUAUCACAACCCGUAUAGAGAAUCUCAUCUACGCCCCGGAGCAACGCAAAUUGUACCACGAAGGGACGAUCAAAGUCAAAUGCUCCAACGGGGUCUCUGCUACGAUCCAUGUAGACAAGAACAAGGAGUUGUCAGGAGAAGUGGUGGACGCUAAAGGUGCAAUCUUCUGCAGAUUUUCAGGAAGAUGGGAUGAGCACUUCACUAGAGAAAUGAAUAGUGGCGAAAAAGAGCAACUCAUUGUGGUCGGCAAUACUCCACUCCAUCCGCAAUAUUUCGGAUUUUCGGACUUCACUAUGGGCUUGAACGAGCUCUAUCCAGAGGAUCGAGCCUCUCUACCCCCAACUGACAGUCGUUUGCGACCCGACGUAAGAAAUUUGGAAGAUGGAAAACUGGACGAUGCAGUAGCCUACAAGUAUGAACUGGAAAAGGCUCAGCGAGCUCGAGCAGUUGAUGAAAAAGCACAUAAACCUCUAUGGUUUGUUGAGAAAAUGGAUGAAUUUUCAAAUACGGACAUCUACGUGACAAAUGGGAAAUACUGGCAGGCCAAAGGAGAGAAAUUUGAGCAGCAGAAGAAGAAUAAUGCUUUCAUUCCAAUAUUCAACGUAUCGAUUACCAGAUAG